AUGAAUAAAUGCUCACCUGGGGUUGUUCCUGUACAGAAAGGUGAUAAAUUUAAUCUCAUGCAAUGUCCAAAGAAUGAUGUUGAACAUAAAGAGAUGGAAUCAAUUCCAUAUGUCUAUGUUGUGGGAAGCUUAAUGUAUGCUCAAACCUGUACUCGACUGGAUAUCAAUUUUGCGGUCGGGAUGUUGGGCAGAUAUCAAAGUAAUCCAAGAAUGGAACAUUGGAAAGCUGCAAACAAAGUUUUAAGGUACCUUCAAUGCACGAAGGAUCACAUGCUCAUGUACAAAAGGUUCAAUGAAUUAAAAGUCAUUGGAUAUACUGAUUCAGAUUUUGGUGGAUGUCUUGAUAGAAGAAAGUCAACCUUUUGCUCCUUGUUUAUGUUUGCCCAAGGAGCCAUAUCAUGGAAAAAUGCAAAACAGACUAUCAUUGCUUCAUCCACUAUGAAGGAAGAAUUUGUGGUAUGUUUUGAAGCCACAACUUAUGCAUUACGGCUGCAGAACUUUAUUUCAGGGCUUGUGGUUGUCGACACCAUUAGCAGGCCACUAAAAAUUUAA